GACACACUCACAGAAAUGCACCUUCUCUCUUCUCCCUCCUCCUCCAACCCCCCCAACUUCUCUCUCUUCUCCGCCUCCCAAAACCCUAACCCCCUCUCCAAAUUCACCCUCCGGAUCCCCACUUUGCCCCUCCACUCCUCCCCCUAUUCCCUCCCUGCCCCUCCGCCUCCCCGCUGCUCUUCCCGGGACUCCUCCACCCCUGUCCUCGACCCGCUCCCCGCAAACGCCACCGUUUCGACCGAGAGCCAGAGUAAUGACGUCCCGCCGGAGACAGAGUCCGCGAAACGUGAGCUCGUGGUUCGCCGGCCGGCGAUGGACGUCUCCGGCGAGGGAGAUGGUGGCGGUGCGGCAACUACUGUCCUCGACGCAGGGCUUGCCGAGCUGGCGAAGAAGAUGCCGAUAUUCGAGCCGGAGACUGCGGAGUCGGGCGUGAAGGAGAAGCCGUUGGCGGUGAACUUGGACUUGGCGUUGUACAGAGCUAAGAUCUUGACCAGGAACUUCCGGUACGCGGAAGCGGAGCAGAUACUUGAGAAGUGUAUAUAUUAUUGGCCGGAAGAUGGGAGAGCUUAUGUGGCAUUGGGGAAGGCGUUGAGCAAACAAUCGAAGACUGCGGAAGCUCGAGCUGUGUAUGAGAAAGGGUGCCAAGCCACUCAAGGAGAAAAUCCAUACAUCUGGCAGUGCUGGGCUGUUUUGGAAACUAAGAUGGGAAACGUAAGAAGGGCUAGAGAAUUAUUUGAUGCAGCCACGGUUGCUGAUAAGAAACACAUUGCUGCCUGGCAUGGGUGGGGAGUUCUAGAGCUAAAGCAGGGAAAUAUCAAAAAGGCAAGACAUCUGCUUGCUAAAGGUCUAAAAUUUUGUGGUGGGAAUGAGUACGUAUAUCAGACACUUGCAUUGCUGGAAGCUAAAGCAAAUCGCUAUGAGCAGGCUCGGUAUUUGUUCAGCCAGGCUACUAGGUGCAAUCCCAAAAGCUGUGCCAGUUGGCUUGCAUGGGCUCAGUUGGAAAUGCAACAAGAAAACAAUCGUGCUGCCAGGCAACUCUUCGAGAAAUCGAUACAGUCAAGCCCCAAGAAUAGGUUUGCAUGGCACGUUUGGGGAAUGUUUGAAAUUAAUAUAGGUAAUGUUGACAAGGCAAGAAAGCUUUUAAAGAUUGGUCAUGCACUCAAUCCAAGGGAUCCAGUUCUCCUUCAGUCCCUUGCUUUAUUGGAAUAUAAAAACUCAACCGCGAAUCUUGCUCGGCAGUUGUUCAGGAGAGCAUCUGAGUUGGAUCCAAGGCAUCAACCAGUGUGGACGGCUUGGGGGUGGAUGGAAUGGAAAGAAGGAAACAUAGAGACAGCAAGGAAAUUGUAUCAAAAGGCAUUGUCUAUUAACUCAACUAGUGAAACUGCUGCUCGUUGCCUACAGGCUUGGGGAGUUCUAGAACAGAGAGUUGGUAACCUAUCAGCCGCUAGGAGAUUAUUUAGGUCCUCCCUUAAUAUAAAUUCUCAGAGUUAUGUCACAUGGAUGACAUGGGCAUCAUUAGAGGAAAAUCAAGGAAAUGCUGUACGGGCAGAGGAAAUUCGCGACCUCUAUUUCCAACAGCGUACUGAAGUUGUAGAUGAUGCUUCAUGGGUUAUGGGAUUCUUAGACAUCAUAGAUCCGGCCCUUGAACGUAUAAAGAAUAUCUUGAGGUUGGACCAGAGUUCAAAAGAAAUGCAACAGGACGCUCUGCGAACAAUAGUUGGAGCAAAUGAAAGUAACAUCGAUGAAGAGCCAAUCAGCCCUUCCUCUAAUAGCAAUGACAUGGAAAGCGAGAGUGGAUUCGAUGUGGAUGCAUUUGUUAAGGAAAAGUUAUCUCUAGACCCAUCAAAGCUAGAAGUUCAGAUGGUGACCUCGCGGCCUUUUCCGGUAAACAGAAGUAGAGUGUGAGCAUUGUGGUGAGAUUUGCCAAUGGGGAACCUGUUACAUAAGAUGGAGAGGAUCUCCAGAGGGAUCUUCUAGUACAGAAAUGGUAGAUCAUUUGAAUCGUAUAAAGGAUUCAUGUGACCCUGCAAUCUCCCACUGAAAUCCGGUUGGAGUAUAUAUACUGGGGAUAAAUUAAGAGGCCUCCUUCCUAUGGCCUCUGUGAUUAAUUUGUAGCAUGAAAUUUGAGGGUUCGCUUUGUAUAUUUCAUAUCUCUCGACUCAAAGCUUGAAUUGGGAUUUUA